AUACCGUCUAGGCGGGUGCUCUGUCCCGCGGGUAUUAAGGCUGCUCACAGUAUAUACAAAUUUGAACCCACAUAUAUUCGAUCAAUAAGGUUCAACGGUCAAGCUAAUUUGGUGUUGUGUGUCAGUCGGGGACGUGUUCAAAGAGUAGCAACUAUAGCCAGUCAGUCAGACACAUAUUAUUAAAUGAAGGCCGUACGUCGACACCGGAAUAUUUACGUUACGCUCUCUUGAUUUUCCCCACAGGUGAAGUAACGCCGGUUCAUACACCUUUACAUUGGUAUACGUGUGUGAGGUGCAGGAGAAAAUCAUUUCAGUAAACAUUUGUGUAUAUGAUACUUUGGAGAUAAUUCGGUGACUGCAACUGUUUUAAGAAGCGAAAGUGUUAUGAAUUAUUUCAAAUCCUGUCUUGGAUUUACAUAAAAUACAACAAGGACUAUCUUACCAGUGUUUAAAGUGAAGAAUUGAAUAAAUAUGGAAAAUACAGGCUACCAACCAGAAGAAGACGAAGGUCCUCGACAGAGAUACGCCAUCAGAAAUGGCAACAUGGCCGUGGCCAAUAAUGAAAAGGUCAAAAUGAAGAAAAAUGUCGGACUCAUCAGCGGUAUAUCUUUCAUCGUUGGCUCUAUCAUUGGUUCUGGUAUAUUCAUUUCACCGAAAGGCGUGUUAACUGAAACUGGAUCAGUGGGCCUAAGCCUUGUUGUGUGGGUGUCGGCAGGGAUUCUCUCUCUUCUAGGAUCGUUAGCGUACGCCGAAGUUGGAUGCCUGAUAACUAAGUCGGGAGGCGAGUACCCAUACCUGUGGGCGGGGCUAGGAAGGGUCAUUGCCUUUAUGUUUGCCUGGACGAAGAUCAUUGUGUUGACUCCUUCAGCAGUCGCCAUCAUCACCCUCACCUUUGCCGAAUACACCGUCACAUUCUUCGACUACUGUGGAGCUCCACAAACACCCGUCAAAGUCAUUGCAGCUUUGGCUAUCCUGACCUUGGCGAUUAUUAACUGCUGGGACACGAAGUUAGCUGCCAAUGUACAGGUGUUCUUCACCGCCGCCAAACUCAUCGCUCUCGUCAUCAUCAUUAUCGGCGGCUUUGUAUGGCUUGGACGAGGUGAGACCGCCACCAUGCAGAAAGGAUUUGCCGGCAGCACGGGUUCAGCGUCGUCUAUCGCUCUGGCAUUUUACGAUGCUCUAUGGGCCUAUGACGGAUGGAAUACACUUAAUUACGUGACGGAGGAACUGCGGAAUCCGUAUGUCAACCUUCCAAGGGCAAAUGUUAUUGGUGUGGUUCUGGUGACCGUUGUUUACCUACUGGCAAACAUCUCCUACCUGACAGUAUUGGGGACAGACGGUCUGCUAGAGUCUAAUGCUGUGGUCGUCACAUGGGGAGAAAAGGUCCUUGGAUCCGCUGGAAUCAUCAUGCCUAUAUUUGUAUUGUUUUCUACCUUCGGUGCAGCCAAUGGUGCUUUGUAUGCCGGAGUAAGGACCCUUUAUGCGGCUGCCCGAGAGCACCAUUUCCCUGAGGUGUUGUCGUACGUUAGCUGUAAACGCUACACUCCGACACCCUGUAUCAUAUUUACGACGAUAGUAUCCCUGUUGAUGUUGAUACCAGGCAAUAUAGGAAGUCUGAUCGACUUCUUCAGUUUUGCCGCCUGGCUAUUUUACGCGCUCACUAUCUUAUCGUUAGUUGUGCUUAGGUUCACCAUGAAGAACGCACAUCGCCCAAUAAAGGUCUUCAUUUUGUUCCCCCUGAUUUUCAUGGCGUGUUCAGUGUAUCUAGUGAUAGCACCCAUUAUCCAGGAUCCCGCCAUCGAGUUCCUCUACGCCUUUAUAUUCAUAGUCGGCGGUCUGGUAUUCUACAUCCCCUUUGUACACUUCAAUCUAGAUCAUGGGUGUUUCCGACCUGUUACAAAAUUUGUGCAGUACUGGCUUGAGGUUGUACCGAGUCCAUACGAGCCUGAGGAACCCUAACCUGGCACUAAAGGAUGCCACAACCGUGAGAUCCAUUGGUUAUCAUCAAAUGAACAUUUCUAUAAUCUGUGUUAUAACCAGUGUUGUCUAGAGUAUACGUACGGUGUGUCUGUGUACAUUGGAAUGGACCUGACGUAAACGGCUUAGUUACUGGUGAAAGCUUAGGCCGUUUACCAGCUUUCAAACACCUACGUGAUCGCAAUUUUUGUAUGUAUUGAGCAUAAUAGUUCCCACGUGAUAAAGGCAUUGCACAAAGAAACUAAUCAUAUCGUCAUGCAUGUGAACAUGGCUUUCCUUCCAUGUUGUGCUUGGUAUUGUCUUUACCCAAUUAAACGUUUAAAUUUGCGGGAUUUUGAAACUGGGAAGGUAACUGAUCGCUUUAUCCUAUCUCCGCAUUACAAUUUAAAUGCAGCUUUUAUUUAUUUUUUUCCUUAAUAUGCUCUCCAAGAGAAUGCAUCGUUAAAUUUUUGGUAAGAUACACCUACUGCAUAAACAACGUUUAGUAAUUGAAAUCGGUAGUUAUACAAUGUAUUUGUUAUACUUCCUAUACAGAAUCUUUUAAUCCAUGUGUUUCUGGUAACACCGGUACAUGCGAAAGCCAUAGACUGCAUAGAAACGGACACUUGUAUUAAGUAUUUUAUACAGAAUAUGAAUAUUUGAUAUAUCAUUGACUGUACAUGUACACAUCUGAUUUUAGUUACUUAAUGAUGUGUCAGCUGAUUUCAGAGUAGCAAGGUGCUGGUUACAGUAAAUACUUGCCGUAUUAUCGUGUUUUUAUUAGUGCAAAUAUUAUGCUAUGCAAUAUUUUUUAUAUUACAACUAUACAUAUUAUACAUGAUGAAUAUCAGAUAAUAAACUAUUAACAAUCAG